AUGGUGUAUUGGAUCCUCUGCACCCUCUGUCUGAUGCUGUGUCAUGCCCAUGCGACCACGUUAUCCAACUUGAGCCUUUUCCCGUCACCACCGAUAGACAACAAUCAUGCACUUCAAGAGCUACUUCUGACACGAGAAGAACGUCACGCCCCAAUACCUCCUGGGGAUGAUCAAUCGACAGCUGGUGGUAGCGCUACCACAUUAGCUUUUAUCGAAGUGAUCGUGAAACGUACAGUGAACCAGUACAUGAAAGUGAUUCGCACUCAGCCGGACUGGUUCGAAAGAUUAUUACAAUUGGUACGCGAAGAGUUAAACAUUCGUUCGAAAUAUAAUUGUUCCACCGAUGCGUGUAUUUACAAAAUACAAUUAUUUACACAUUAUUUACAUUCACAUUUAAUGGGAUCCAGAGGACGUGCAAGAAAACGCGUCCGCCGGUCAGCGGAAUUCCAGCCACCCAGUGAGGCUGAAUUCAUUCAACCAUCCCAGUUGUCGGAAAACAUACCAGAGGCACCAAUCCCAGUGGACACUCAGGAGGAUGAUAAACCAGCUGAGAGUUCCAUUCCCGCUACUGAUCCUGCCCCGUCAAUUGUUAUGGCGGAGCCAACAGUUUUGCCGGAUGUGGUAGAUCCAGUUCUCCCCGUUGAUGAUGCACUACGGUUACCGGAGAUCAUCCCUACAUCUAAAUCACAGAACAAUUCGGUCGCAAGAGAGACCCUCAUCCAUGUGGUGGAGAACGACAGUAGUCGGCCUCAGGCCUCGCAUUUUGGCACUCCAGACAAGAUCAACAUGGUCCGUGUCAGUCAGGAGGUCCUAUCCGAGGCACUUUCUAAGCAGCAGCAGCAACAACAACAACAACAAAAACAGGAUCUGAGUCAGGCGAAUGCAGAAAAUGCAGUCAACAUGGAUGCAAAUCCCUCUUUACCAUCUGACGUACACAGUUCGGAAAUAUUACUAGAGAACCAAAUAAAUGACGCAAACUCAGCUGAUUCAGCGUCUUUAGAUGAAGAUAAGGAAUCAUCUCUGCUGAAUGCUGAAGAUUCUUCAAUAGAAUCUGUGAUUUCUAAUGAGGAUGAUGGAGUAGAAGAAGUGGUAGACGAAGAAACUAUUCCUCGGCAAACUGAAGAACCAAUCCUGACUGUAUUGACAACCGAUUCGGCGGCUACGGAAGCUGUGCUACAAACGGAGAUACCUGUCGCACCGGAUAUUGAUUCCGCCUCGUUAGAUCAUCGAUCCAAUGAAGCCGAUCUGUCCAGUCUCUCUUGGAAUCCGGGGCUAGAAUCGGAUUCGAAUUCCCCUCUUCAUCUCGACAUGUCAGUUCAUGCAAUCCCGUUUGGACAAAAUGAAUUUGUUGGCAAACCGUACGAGAAUUGCACUGGAAGAUUUGAAAACUACUGUUACAACGCACUCAAAUGUGUCUAUAUUAGUGUGCUUGAGACCGCAGCGUGUUAUUGUAGAACCGGUUAUACCGGAGUGCGAUGUGACAUGUUCAAUCUACCCCAAACGCUGGAUAUUCUCAAAUCAUUCAAAGAAGAAAUUAUCGAUGUGCCCUCAUUGCACCAAACUAACGCGAUCACACUGUACAGUGUGGUGGAAGCGACCGCGUAA